CUCUGGCUCUCUGCGCGCACUGCCAAGUCUCCGUGUCGUCUCCACGACUCCACUUGCUCGCUGUUCGCUGGCUGCUUGCGGCAACUCCCGUCCCCACGCGCUCCCUACCCCUCCGAUAUUUGAGAUCUCGCCGGCGGGCGGCUGACGGGGAGGGAGAGCCCCGCCGGCGAUGGGUAACUGCUGCUCCGACGAGGCGGGCCACGGCGGCGCCCACCCCGUCGGCCCCGCCGCCGCCAAAGCCGCCCAGGCCGCCUCCGCCGCGGCCGAUCGCUUCCUCCGCUCCCGCGGCGCCGGCGCGUCCACGCAGAUCGAGUUAUCUCUCUCUGCAUCAAAUUUGGGCGAUCACGAAUAUUUUCCCAAGAUUAACCCCAUGGUGGUUGUGUACUCCAAAAGGAAAGAUGGACAACUUGAAGAAAUUGGGCGUAGUGAAGUAACUUUAAAUUCUCUGAACCCAUCUUGGAUGACAAAAAUCAGUGUGCAGUACCAGUUUGAGGUUCUUCAGCCAUUGGUGUUUCAGGUUUUUGAUAUUGACCCACAGCUACAUGAUGUCAGUGAAAAGAUUCUUAAGCUAGAGGAGCAACAGUUUCUUGGAGAGGCUACCUGUCUUUUGUCAGAGGUUGUCACCAAGCGGGACAGACUGUUGACUCUGAAGCUUGGUGUCUCUGAACACAACUUGCCAAAUCCUAGUAAAUUUGGUGACCUAACUGUUCAGGCCGAAGAAAGUGCAGGUUCAAAAGCAAUUAUGGAGAUGGUAUUCCGCUGUUCGGAUCUUGAAAUCAAGGAUCUUCUCACAAAGAGUGAUCCGUUCUUGCUAAUAUCUAGAAUAUCAGAUAGUGGAAUGCCUGUUCCAAUUUGCAAGACAGAAGUAAGAAAGAAUGAUCUCAAUCCUAGGUGGAAGCCAGUGAUUCUGAAUCUCCAACAGAUUGGAAGUAAGGAGAAUCCUCUAAUUAUAGAGUGCUUUAACUUCAGUAGCAACGGCAAGCAUGACCUAGUUGGCAAGAUAGUCAAAUCUGUAGCAGAAUUGGAAAACAUGUACCAUUGGCAGAAUGGUGAUUUUUUUUUUGUUCCAGUCAGCAAUGCACAUGAAUGUCACAGUAAGGAGGUAAAAUUUGUUACUUUGGAAUAUCUUCAACUGUUACGUUAUAUAAAUCAUUUUCAUUCUGAUAUGCAGGUAUUAAAGAGUCAGUUAUAUGUGGAGAAAUAUGUUGAGAGCAAUAGACAUACUUUUCUAGAUUAUAUUUCUGCCGGGUGCCAGUUGAAUUUUAUGGUAGGCGUAGAUUUCACAGCUUCAAAUGGAAAUCCACGUCUCCCGGAUUCCUUGCAUUACAUUGAUCCCUCAGGUCGGCCAAAUGUAUAUCAGAAGGCAAUACUGGAAAUUGGCGAUGUUCUACAGUACUAUGACCCAGCUAAGCGUUUCCCCUCUUGGGGCUUCGGAGCAAGACCUAUUGAUGGUCCUGUUUCCCAUUGUUUCAACCUAAAUGGAAGCACUUAUCAACCUGAGGUUGACGGAAUACAAGGAAUUAUGUCAGCUUAUAUCAGUGCACUUCGUAAUGUAUCAUUGGCUGGUCCUACUCUCUUUGGUCAGUUGAUUGGCACCGCUAUGGCAAUAGCUAGCCAAUCUCUCGCUGACAAUCAACAGAAAUACUUCACUUUGUUAAUAGUCACUGAUGGUGUGGUGACUGAUUUUCAAGAGACUAUUGAUGCAAUCAUAAGGGCAUCAGAUUUUCCCAUGUCCAUCAUUGUCAUUGGAGUUGGGGGUGCUGAUUUCAAGGAAAUGGAGUUUCUAGAUCCUAAUAAAGGAGAGAAACUGGAAAGCUCAACCGGAAGGGUUGCAUCAAGGGAUAUGAUACAGUUCGCCCCAAUGAACGAUGUGCACGGCAGAGGGGUGUCGACAGUACAGUCACUUCUUGCUGAGAUACCAGGGCAAUUCAUGACAUACAUGAGAACAAGAGAAAUUCAAACAGUCAUUAUAUGAUGCCCUCAAUCAGUAGAAGAUGAGCACACCAAUGUCCUUUGAUGCCAACAUCAAAUCUGUGAGCUGAGCUUCGAUGGCAGGUGGAGAGGCAAGAACCGCAAGGUCUUCAGAUCCAGGAAUUGCUGUUUGUGAAGAGGCACUAGGACCUCCACCAGGCGCCUUAGUUUCAUGUCCAAAUUUUUACCAAGCUGUAUUCUGGUUCGAGUUGGAUCCCUAGCCUAGCAAUUCGUAAUUGGAAAGAUGCAACUGUCAUCUUUCUCUGUACCUUUUUGUAAUAUAUGACUUUUGGGUUUGAAUUUUGUAUGUAUUACCCUUUUAGGUACGUUGGAAUCGGGAGAAACCUUUUGGGAUUGUGUAUUCGAUUUGUCAUCAAGUACCGACAGGCUGCUGCAUGGUUGUUUUGCUUCA